UGACAUUUAGCUGACGUACAUACUUGACUUUCGUUCGAUUAAUCCAAGCAAGCAUUUUAUUUACCAAUAUGGGCGCGUGAAAGUUUCAUUAUACAGAUAAAAUGAGCGCUCUAGAUCAUCUAAACUCGAGCGGUGAAGAAGCCGCCAGCGAUUUGGAUACAAUGGACGUCUCGUUGAGCUCCAUCAGUUGCCAAGACGAUCUAAUGACCUCCGAUUUCUUCGAUUCGGUGAUGUCUCUCGAGAACGACGUCGACGGCCUACUCACCAAUUUCGACGAGGAAAUUAAUCUAUCCAGUAGCGAUGUCUGUUCCGGUUCCGGUUCAAUUUCCGGAUCCGGUUCCGUACCGUCCCCGAGGAGUUUAUCAUCCUCCGACUAUCUAGACGGCUUCGACGACUACAACGAUGUUCAACAACUAGAAGGCUUUAGUGAGGUCAUACACGGUCAACUAGAUGGUUUUAACGAUACCAAUCCGGACGAGUUCGAUACGAAACACGGUCGUGUUAAAGUGGAACGUCUGGAUGCACCGGAUGAGGUUAUUACGAAGCGCAAACAACCCACCCGCAUACUCAUCCAGAAUCCCAACAACAAGAAAUUCAUAACGAAACCGAUAGUGGUCGACGAUCGACGACAACAACCGAUCAUCAAAAUCCUCCCGUUGAAUUUGAACAACGUGAAAAUCCUCCGAACGAAUACACCCAUCGUCAAUCGAUCGACCACCAAACAACCCAAAUACAAUCAAUCCGUAGCGCUCACCGACGAAGAACGAAGAUUGUUAGCGAAAGAGGGCAUCAAUCUGCCCGUUCACCGGCCUCUUACCAAGACGGAUGAGCGCGAGUUGAAACGCAUCCGUCGCAAGAUCCGCAACAAAAUCUCCGCCCAGGAGUCACGCAAACGUAAGAAAGAGUACGUCGACGAUCUCGAAGCGAAAGUCCGAAGGGGUUUGGACGAGAACAAGACGUUGCAACAGCGCUGCGAACGGCUGCGUAAACACAAUCGUUUACUAGCGGAACGCGUGAAACGCUUGCAAUCGUUCGUUUGCGGCGGAGCCUCGAAGGCGGCGCCUUCGACUUGUUUGAUGGUGGUGUUGCUGUCGGCUUUGCUGGUGUCGUUGCCGAAUUUGCGAUUGUUCGAUAAAGGAACGGUGCAAAAUGACGAAGGGAACAACGGGGAACGAUCGGUGGCCGUUCGAAGAUCGUUGUUAUCCAGCCAACAGACGGCUGAGGACGGUUGGAGUAUGGAGGAUUUGUUGGUGUUUAAAGACGAGGAGGACUUCGAAUCCAGACAGGACGAGCUCGCCCUCGACAAUUCCACCGACGAGGAAAUCGCCAAAAUCCUCGACGAAUUAACGUCGAACUACUCCAAGAACAAAGGAAAGAGCUCGGAGGGCCCCAUCGGGGGAGGUUUCUUUCUCUCGCCCCCCGGUAAAAACGGUGAUUUUGGGGGCGGUAGGGUGACCGAGGGCGGUUUCAUCGAACCGGACAUCGACGAGUAUACGGGGGACGAGCCCCCGACGGAUGAGAUUAUGGGAAUGGGGGUGAAACGGGGGGGCUCCGAUUUCGGUUAUUUGGGCGAUGGUAUGAGAAGAAUCGUCUCGACGACCGUCGGUUUGUUUAACGGAGUUAAAACCGAGGAGAAGUAAUUUUAGUUGGAUUAUCUUGAUGUAUCUUUUAAGUACUCUUGGUUUUUUUUUUUUUGUAAAUACAGGGUGUUGUUUAAUUGA